AUGGCAAGCACCGCGAAGCUGGAAAUGUCGCGUCCCUCGCAGCAGGUCGCCGCAGCGCCUCCGGCUGUAAAGAAGGUACAUUAUCCCUUCUGGUUUGGCGGCUCUGCGUCAUGUUUUGCGGCUGCUGUUACGCAUCCGUUGGAUCUUGUCAAGGUUCGGUUACAAACUCGGGGGCCUGGUGCGCCCACGUCUAUGCUGGGUACGUUUGCGCAUAUCCUUAGGAAUAAUGGUUUCUUUGGUCUAUACAAUGGGUUGUCCGCCGCCAUUCUUCGCCAACUCACAUAUUCUACGACUCGGUUUGGAAUCUACGAAGAGCUCAAGUCCCGCUUAAGCACACCAUCGUCACAACCCGGCUUCUUCACCCUACUCGGCAUGGCCUGUGCCUCUGGUAUCAUCGGCGGUGUAGCGGGAAAUCCCGCCGACGUGCUCAACGUGCGCAUGCAAUCCGACGCCGCGCUCCCUCCCGCCCAACGGCGCAACUACCGUCAUGCGUUCCACGGACUCGUCCAGAUGACGCGCACAGAAGGCUUCUCAAGUCUCUUCCGCGGCGUCUGGCCGAACUCCACACGCGCUGUCCUGAUGACCUCUUCGCAGCUCGUCUCCUAUGACGUCUUCAAGCGCAUAUGUCUCGAGAGGUUCGGGAUGAAGGACAGCCUCUCCACGCACUUCACAGCUUCUCUUGCAGCAGGGUUUGUCGCCACCACGGUAUGCAGUCCGGUGGACGUGAUAAAGACACGGGUGAUGAGCGCCUCCCCUGCGGAAAGCCGUGGACACAACAUUGUCGGUCUUUUGCGCGAGAUCACCCGCAAGGAAGGCUUCGCGUGGGCCUUCCGUGGCUGGGUUCCUAGCUUCAUUCGUCUAGGACCCCAUACCAUUGCCACAUUCAUCUUCCUUGAAGAGCAUAAGAAGCUCUACCGCUACCUGAAGGGUAUCCCUCAGGAGGGCGCCAAGUUAUAAGAUAGGCUUAUCUGCUUAUCUACCUAACUAUCAUGCCCUCAUCUAUGUCUCAUCUAUACGCAUAUACAACGCAUCUGCGGAUCGCAUUUUGGAUCUUGUUAGACUCCAUUGGCUUCCUUACUUCACCCUUAUCACGCGCACGCUCAUACCCCGAUCUGGCUAGGACCCAGGGGGUUCCUGUUUAUUCAUGAUCCUGCACAUACUUCUCCAUUGUUUUGGUUGUUUCUAGAGCGCCGUCUCACAAGCCUCAUCUUCUUGGCUUGACUCUCGUCGAUUAUCUGGGAUAGAAACAUCCCUUGGAUGACCUAUUUGGACCAGAUCCUUUACUUCCACCCCCACAUUCAUGUAUGAUUGGGCUGAACUGGGCUGGGUUAGAUCAUAUUAGAUUAGAUUGGACUAUCUAUGUCAUGUGGAGUGCGGGCGGUUCGUUCUGCUUUGCCUCGCGGUUAGGGAUGUUUUAAAAAGAAAAUACUUACUGAUAAAGGAUAUGAUUCAAAUAAUCCAUACCCCAAGAAUAGCAAGGCUUGUUAUCUGUAGAGCAAACAAUACAAAACUUGAAGUGGCU